AUGGACCCGCUCCUGUUCCGGCAGCGGCUGUCCGAGCUCGCCGCGGAGUACGCGGGCCUGCAUGCGGUGGCCGACCGAGCCCGCCGCGGCAGCGAGGGCGGCCGCGCCAGCCAGGCGUCGCUGGCCGAGCUGGCCGAGGGCGUGCCGCCGACCGGGCCAGGCGGUGACGCCGAGGACCCCGUGGCCAAGCUUGGCGUGGAGCCCGCGGCACAGCUCGCCACCGUGGCGGUGCCCGGAGGCCGAGUUCCCGCUGAACGGGCGGCCGCUGAACGGGCGGAGAUCCGAUUGUCAGGAGGAGCUCUGUGUCUGGAGCGCGGGGACGGGCCGCGAAGCCUCUCCAGGCAAGGAUGCUGCGGCGAGGAUCAGGCGCUCUGCGUCGAAGAAGCUGAAGGAGCAGUUCGACGAGGUUGUGACUAA